AUGUGUUGUGAUGGUCUUCUCGAGUUCUUCUCCGGACGAGGAACCGAUCCAUCUCUUAUGUUAGAAGCAUUAUCAAAGCUUGAUCGUGUACGACAAUGGUUUGCCAAGCAAACGUCAUUCCAUUUCUAUGCCUCUUCACUUUUAUUCGUCUAUGAAAAUGAUGUAUCGAAACCACCAACUGUUCAACUGGUCAUGAUUGAUUGUACGGCUAUUACAAAAUAA